GCGGCGGCGGCGGCUCCGGCUCCGUUUUUUUUAAAGGGAAACGCUGAGGCGCCGGGGGUGACUGUGGGGGAGGGGUCCCGGAGCCGCGGAGACCCCCCGGGGGGAGGCGGCAGACCUCCCCCCCCUCCCGGAGUAGGAGGGUUCUGGGCGGACCCGUCCCUCCCACCCCCUCCUGAGGAGGAGCAGGGAGUGGGGGGGGGAAAUGGAGGCUCGGGGCGGCUGAGGCGAGCUCCGGGGCGGGGGGCCGGGGCGGGGAAGGGGGGGUGCGGGGUGGGGAGACGAGGCGGGCCCGGCCGGGCCAGGGGGGGGCCGAAGCGAGCUCCGGGGAUGAGCUCGGGGGCGGCUGGGUGCGAGCUCCUGCCUCUGCGGCGAAGGCGACGGUGGCGGCAGCAGAGGCGGCGGCGAGGCCCCCAUGGGUCGGCGGCGGCGGGCCUCAGCCGCGGCCUCCACGCGUCCGCUGGCCGGCGGGAUGGCGCCGGGGCCUCGGGGGAGCCGCGUUAGCCGAGGCCUGCGGCCGCUCCGCUGAGGCGAGCCCGCCAAACUCCCCUCCCCCUCCUCCGUCCUCGACCCCCCGCACCUCGCCCCUUCCCCACCCCCUCCUCCGCCUCGGUCCCCCGCGCCGCUCCGGACCACUAUGACCAUGAGAUCCGCGGUGUUCAAGGCGGCCGCGGCGCCCGCCGGCGGCAACCCCGAGCAGCGACUGGACUACGAGCGGGCGGCGGCGCUGGGUGGGCCCGAGGACGAGUCCGGGGCGGCCGAAGCCCACUUCCUCCCCCGGCAUCGUAAGCUCAAGGAGCCGGGGCCCCCGCUGGCCUCCUCCCAGGGCGGGAGUCCCGCGCCCUCUCCAGCCGGCUGCGGCGGCAAGGGCCGGGGCUUGGUCCUCCCGGCCGGGGCGGCCCCCGGGCAGCAGGAAGAGAGCUGGGGCGGCUCGGUGCCCUUGCCCUGUCCGCCCCCAGCUACCAAACAAGCCGGCAUCGGCGGGGAGCCGGUCGCAGCCGGCGCCGGCUGCAGCCCCCGGCCCAAGUAUCAGGCGGUGCUGCCCAUUCAGACGGGCUCUCUCGUGGCGACGGCCAAAGAGCCUACGCCCUGGGCUGGGGACAAGGGUGGGGCGGCUCCCCCAGCUGCCACCGCCUCGGACCCGGCGGGACCCCCACCACUACCUCUGCCCGGGCCGCCACCCCUCGCGCCCACCGCCACUGCCGGGACCCUGGCGGCCAGCGAGGGCAGAUGGAAGAGUAUGAGGAAGAGCCCUCUCGGGGGUGGCGGCGGCUCGGGAGCCUCCAGUCAGGCCGCCUGCCUCAAACAGAUCCUUCUGCUGCAAUUGGACCUCAUCGAACAGCAGCAGCAGCAGUUGCAGGCCAAGGAAAAAGAGAUCGAGGAGCUGAAGUCCGAGAGAGACACGCUCCUUGCUCGGAUUGAACGUAUGGAAAGGCGGAUGCAGUUGGUAAAGAGGGAUAGCGAGAAAGAAAGGCACAAGCUGUUUCAGGGCUAUGAAACUGAAGAGAGAGAGGAAACAGAGUUGACUGAGAAAAUUAAACUGGAGCGCCAGCCGGAGCUUUGCGAGACAUCCCAGGCUCUGCCUUCCAAGCCUUUCUCAUGUGGACGGAGUGGAAAGGGACACAAAAGGAAAACCCCAUUUGGAAAUACAGAAAGAAAGACUCCUGUUAAAAAGCUGGCUCCUGAAUUUUCAAAAGUCAAAACAAAAACUCCUAAGCACUCUCCCAUUAAAGAGGAACCCUGUGGUUCCUUAUCAGAAACUGUUUGUAAACGUGAAUUGAGGAGCCAAGAAACCCCAGAAAAGCCCCGCUCUUCAGUGGAUACCCCACCAAGACUCUCCACUCCCCAAAAGGGACCCAGCGCCCACCCCAAGGAGAAAGCCUUCUCAAGUGAGAUGGAAGAUUUGCCGUACCUUUCCACCACAGAAAUGUAUUUGUGUCGUUGGCACCAGCCUCCCCCAUCACCGUUACCAUUACGGGAAUCCUCUCCAAAGAAGGAGGAGACUGUAGCAAGGUGUCUGAUGCCAUCAAGUGUUGCAGGAGAAACUUCAGUCUUGGCUGUUCCUUCUUGGAGGGACCACUCAGUAGAGCCUCUAAGGGACCCAAAUCCUUCAGACAUUUUGGAGAACCUGGAUGACAGUGUGUUUUCAAAGAGGCAUGCAAAACUGGAGCUAGACGAGAAGAGGAGAAAAAGAUGGGAUAUUCAGAGGAUCAGGGAACAAAGAAUUUUACAGCGACUGCAGCUCAGAAUGUAUAAAAAGAAAGGAAUUCAGGAAUCUGAGCCUGAGGUUACCUCAUUUUUCCCUGAGCCCGAUGACGUUGAAAGUUUGAUGAUUACCCCCUUCUUGCCUGUUGUAGCAUUUGGACGACCAUUACCAAAAUUAACUCCACAGAACUUUGAGCUGCCCUGGUUGGAUGAGCGAAGCCGUUGCAGGUUGGAGAUCCAGAAGAAGCAAACACCUCACCGGACGUGUAGGAAGUAGCUGUACUGGCAAGAACCCUGUCUUCAGAUAGUUGUAGCAUGCCAUUCCAAGAGAAUGGCAGAGACCUGUAUAUGUGACCUAUGUCCUCAUGUAUGUUAUCAUUCACUGGUAAUGCCUUUCCAUAUUCCUUUUUGAGUUUUGUUUUUUCACUCUGAUUUCACAAAACAAACAAAAACCUCUUGCAUUGGGCUAAUUGUGAUUAUGGAGAGUUAUUGGGACUUGUUUUCCCUUUUUGGGGAAAUGAGCUCUGGAGCUCAUCCUAUAGGAUGGUGGAUUUGGAGUUUUCAGGAGCCGCUUCUGCUCACUUUGCCUAUGUUAAAGGGGUACAAGGGCUCUUACUUAGCCAUGUCGAAGAUGGAGCAACCCCUGCCUCAUAGGAGCUGUGCCUGCCCUGACCCUGUGCUUCCCUGGUGCGCCUUCCGAAUAGUUUGGGUAGAAUAGAUUUGACACUAAAAUAAGACAAGAGGAACUUACCAUGAGCCUUAGGGCCCAAGGAGGAACAACAGAGGAAGAAAUUAGAGCAGUUCUGUGAAAGUUGGUUCUCUCAAAACUGGCUGAUCACUUUAAUUGGGUAACUGAAGUUCUUCUGCACCCCUCAAAAAAGAAAAUGUUCAGAGAGAUUGGGGAUGUACAUUUCCAACUAGUUACAGUGCUAAACAGAUGCCUUGUCAUCUGGGGAUGGCAUGCCAGAAUCUGUAUAGAUGUCCUUGUGUCCCAUCACUUCUCAAGUAUUCCUUAGUGGGGUUUCAUCCUAUUAGCCAAACGUUUGGUGGUGAGGUAGAAAAUUUGGGGAGGGUGGGGGGAAGGGUAUGGAAAAAUAUGCUUCCUUUGGCUGGCAAAUGUCUACAUCUUGAAACAAACAGUUGUACCUAAUGAACCUCUAUUCGUUUAGUAAAGAUAGAUUUAUACAUGUACCAUCUUGGUUCCCAUCUCCUGCCCUUGUUUUGUUACCAAAAGAAAAAAAAAAGAAAAAAAAAAUCAGGAUGGACAGCACUCCCAGGCCACUUGGGUCUCAGUGUAAGAUCCCUGUGAACUAUCUGAAGGGAAAAUAGAACCGAGACCUCUGGUCUUAUAUAUAUAUAGGAAUUGCCUUUCAUUAGUCUUCAGGACUAUUGUAUAAAAACAAGUAGGGGUCUGAUCUCCUAGGAGGUAGGGGCUUUUAUCCUUGAAGAGAAUAUGUCCCCGGAUUAUUAGCACUUUUAGAGGAGAAGCCAAGGUAUUGUAGGGUGUGUGGCUGGCCCAUCAGCUGAGCAUGAGAGAAUGGGAUUGCCAUUGUGGGAAGAGAAGAAAAGUUCCUCAGGGGCCUCCCACUGCUAAAGCUUUUUUUGAGAUGUUAUCUGUGCUCCCUGGGUUUGACUUUGAAAGGAAUUAUUCCAGCAGUACAUGUAGUAUUCUUGGAUGAUCUUGCUGCUCUCAAUUCUCUUGUGUGUGUGUUUGUGUGUGGCUAUGGGUUUUCAUUGUAACUCCAUCUGCUUAGGAGUGUGGUCUCUCUGUAAUGGAAGCUGCCGUAAACUUCACUGCAGCAAGGAUGUAGAGAGAAGAGGACUUAUUCCACAGGGGCUUUCAUCUCACACCUUAACGAUGAGGAUAUAUCUAGAAAAAUUGGGCCAGAUUUUUGUGUUUUGUUUGUUUUAAUGAGGCAAGCUGGUUAGUGCUCCUACUCUGACCUAUGUUAGGGCUCUUUAGAAUUUGCUCCUCCCAAAAGGAAUAACCUCAGUCAGUUGUCUCUUUCUUUGUUCCUUGAUCCCUCUCAGUUUCUUCUUGCUACUAUGAUUUGUCAGAUUCCUACUUUGGGUGUGGGUUAGCAGACCUAACCUCUCACAGAGGAGUCCACAGAUCCUGUUUUUGCUAGACUGAGAGGAAUCCAUGAGGUGCUAUCUGGCAGGACUUAAGUGGAUUCUAUUGCUUUGGUUCUCCUUUCCCUGAGGACCUAAUACUUGUUAUGUCCUCUUCUAGAUUUCCUUUGGUUUGGGUAUGUGAGGUUUGUUGAGAAGGAGGUUGAAGCGAAGUUCCAGGAGUGAAAUUACAGUGUGUUAAGAGUGUGGGGAAAAUUAGUCUUAUUUUUCCCUACAUGGGAUACAACACUGUGAAAUUCAGUCUUCAACAGAAAGAAAGGCCCUGCAGUUCUCCUAAAACAUAGUUCCUUAUUUCUUUCUUUAACAAAGUUUAAGCUAGUGUUAAUAAAUUAAAAGAGAAGUUGCUUGUCUCUCCAGCUCAGCUUUGUUUCAUGCCGUUUCAUAUGGUUGUCUGUGCUGUAUUCAUACUUUUGAUACCAUUUCUGAUGUGUACAGUCGGCUGUCUUGUAAAUAUCUUACAAAGAGUUCAAGUGUAAAUAAACUAUUGUGGCCGUUAA